UGGAGUGCAAUGGCGCGAUCUCGGCUCACCACAACCUCCGCCUCCUGGGUUCAGGCAAUUCUCCUGCCUCAGCCUCCUGAGUAGCUGGGAUUACAGGCACGUGCCACCAUGCCCAGCUAAUUUUUUGUAUUUUUAGUAGAGACGGGGUUUCACCAUGUUGACCAGGAUGGUCUCGAUCUCUUGACCUUGUGAUCCACCUGCCUCAGCCUCCCAAAGUGCUGCGAUUACAGGCGUGAGCCACCGCUCCCGGCCUCGAUCUGGUCUUUUAAAAGUUUGUCUCUCAGUGCUCUUGCAGUAACAUGGCUUAGACUCACUUCAAUUUGGGUUAAUUUGGGUUGUGUAUAUAUCCUAGCAUAUUUCUUAUGGUCUCACCUGUGAUUUCUACUCACGUAAGUGCAAGUACGGCUUACUUGCACUAAGAUUUAUAAUUGGGCACCUGAAGCAGCUUACUAGCCAGGUAGUCUUGGUCAAAUUGUUAAAUCACUUAAUCUACAUUUCUUUAUCUGUAAAAUGAGAAUAAUAACAUCUGCUAGUCGUAGAGAGAUGGAAAUAAAGAACAUAAACUCUACUCCAAACUCUACUCCUACCCUACUCAUUCAAUAAAUUAUUAUCUUAAAAGAACAGUUUGUUAAAGAAAAUGGCAGCUGAGAGGGGCACUAGAUUAAAAGUUUUUCCAGAAUAACACUGAGCAUUAAAUUUUACUCUAAAAUGUUUCUCUUUGCUGGUCAGAUACACUCACUAUAGAGAAGCUACGAGUGUACCUUUUCCGUGUGAACACAUUCUAGGAGCCUUGUGCCUUGCACAGUUAGAGCCUGCCGAUAGCCAGCCUCAACUCAAUCACACAUCCAGGUAUUCUCGCUUCAUGGCAAUACUGAACUAUUUAUAACUCUUGUAAAUUUUUAUUUGGCUUUGUACCUUCUUCACAUGCCAUUAUUUUUGUUAACAUUUUCCCUCCAUUUUCUUGGAAAACUCCUCAUGUACUCAGGUCCAGCUAAAACAUUACUCAGUAUAGGAAAGUUUUUCGAAUCUCUUACUCCAGUUUUCCUGGAAUUUAAACAUCUCUUCCUUUAAACUUCUGUACGUCACAUGUGACUUUGAUCACUGCAGUGAAAACUUUACAUUAUAAUUGCUUCCCUAGCUGCUGUCUCUCCUGGAUCUUAAACUCUUGGGAAAAAAUGGGGUAUUGUUUAUUAUGAUAUCUCUGUGCCUAGCAGAGUACUUUGCCAAUAAUUGCUGCCUAAAAGAUGUGUACUACCAAUUCCUACUAAGAGCUUGGCUUACAAAAAUGUAAACUUAAUAGGCCAUUGUCUACAUCACCAGUCUCCCACCCCGGGGCAGCAGACUGGUACCAGUCCUUGGCUCUUAGGGACUGUGCUGCACAGCAGGAGAUGUGUGGCAGGCGAGUGAGAAUUGUGGCCUGAACUCCACCUCUUGUCAGAUCAGUCGGAGGCAUUUGUUCUCACAGGAGCAUGAACCCUGCUGUGAACUGUGCAUGCCAGGAAUCUAUGUUAUGCGUUCCUUAUGAGAAUCUAACUUCUGCCUGAUGAUCGGAGGUGAAACAGUUUCAUCCAGGAAACACUGCCCUCCGUUUCCCCUUGUCUGUGGAAACAUUAUCUUCCUCAAAAUGGAUCCUUGGUGCCAAAAAGGUUGGGGACCCUUUUCCAUCGGAGACUGUGUGAUGUGAUUGCAACGAUGCUUAGGAAAAUCCUUUUGUUCCCCACCAGCAGCCAAUCAAUACAUCACCACUAAACUUUUCUACCUUCUCAUUGGUGCUUGAAAAGCUUGUAAAAGACAGUAAAUCGUUUUCCUCCACACUCGGAGAUAGACUAAAUGCACAUCAGCCUGGAAGAAGACUUGCAUAUAAAGCAGGAGGGGGAUGACGGGCACGCUGGGCUUAAAGCAGGACUGCGCCAGUCAGUGAGGGAGAGCAAGUCGGAAGUUCAUAUUGGGACACAUUGUGCCGAGACUUUGUUUAAUGGUCAUAAUUUAGAUAUUCAUUGGCAUCUGCACUACAAAAAUAAUCUGAAGAAUGUGAAGAAACAUGAUUUUAAGUAGGAGUCAGAUCUAUUAAUGCACAUUUCUCUGUCUACCCCCGAUGUCUUUUUCAGAAUGCAUACGUUCAGAAGCCGAGCGUGCUGCUCGACCAAACGACUCAUUGAUACUGCAUCAUAGCAAGGAGAAUGUCGCUUUAGAUGCUCUAGCGUCAAGCAGUUCAUGCAUGGAUGAAACACAGAUUACACAGAACAAUUCAGCAUUUCUCACAGAAGCAAAUACUUCAUGGCCUAUACUGAUGGGUAAAAAUGCUGUGCUUUGUUGCCCUCCUAUCGCACUAAAAUACUUGAUCAUAAUAACAUGGGAAAUAAUCCUGAGAGACCAGCCUUUCUGUAAAAAAGCCUACAAGAAAGAAACAAAUGAGACCAAGGAAACCAACUGUACUGAUGAGAGAAUAACCUGGGUCUCUAGACCUGAUCAGAAUCCCGCCCUUCAGAUUCGUCCAGUGGCCAUCACUCAUGACGGGUAUUACAGAUGCAUAAUGGGAGCACCUGAUGGCAAUUUCCAUCGUGGAUAUCACCUCCAAGUGUUAGUUACUCCUGAAGUGACCCUGUUUCAAAGCAGGAAUGGAACUGCAGUAUGCAAGGCAGCUGCAGGGAAGCCAGCUGCACAGAUCUCCUGGAUCCCAGAGGGGGAUUGUGUCACUGAGCAAGAAUACGGGGGCAAUGGCACAGUGACUGUUAAGAGUACAUGCCACUGGGAGGGCCACGAUGUGUCUACCGUGACCUGCCAUGUCUCCCAUUUGACUGGCAACAAGAGUCUGGACAUAGAGCUACCUCCUGUUGCAGGUGCCAAAAAAUCAGCAAAAUUAUAUAUUCUAUGUAUUAUCCUUGCCAUUAGUGUUUUGAUCAUCGUGGGAUUCAUUUGGUUAUUGAAAAUCGGUCGCUGCAGAAAACAUAAAUGGAAUAAAACAGAAGCUACUCCAGUUGAGGAGGAUGAAAUGCAGCCCUAUGCAAGCUACACAGAGAAAAGCAAUCCUCUCUAUGAUACUACAAACAAGGUGAAGGUACCUCAGGCAUUACAAAGUGAAGUUGAAACAAACCUCCAUGCUGUAUAAUUUGCUGGACUCUUGCACCAAACAAGAUAUAUGAUAAUUACUGUCUGAUUUCCUUACAGUUCCAGAAUGAAGACUGAUAUUGACAUUAGGUUUUCCAAGGUUCUUAGAAGACGUUUUAAUAAAUUUUCAUUUUAGAUUCUUAGCUACCAGCUAGUUCUCUGAAGAACUGAUAUUAUUACAAAGAAAAUACAUGCUUUUUUGCAGGACAGUAAAUAAUGAAAACCAAAUUUCCUCCAGAAAUAACUGAAGAAGGAACAAUCAUGAACAGUUUCUUGUGUAUCCUUUCAGAAUAUUUUAAUGUACAUAUGACAUGUCUACAUGCCUAUGGUGUAUGUGUCCACUUCUAUGUCUAUUUACAUAUACAUACAGAUAUCUUUGUCAAGGCACCAGUGGGAAGAAUACACUGCAAUACUGUUCUAUACAUAUGAAAACCAAAUAAUGUAAGUCUUAGAGAUCAUUUUAUAUCAUCACGAGUAGAGCUACCUCAUUCUUUUUAAUGGCUAUAUAAAAUUCCAUUGUAUAGUUAUAUUAUUAUUUAAUUAAACGCAACUCUAAUAAUGGACAUUUAGACUCUUUUAAGUUUUGUUUAUUUCUUUUAAGUUUUGUUUGUGGUAUAAACACCACCACACAGAAUGUUUCUUGUGAUUAUGUCUCUUUGUUUUUGUUUGAGUAUAUCUGUAGGAUAAUUUUCUUAAGUGGAAUUGUCAUGUCAAAGGGUUUAUAAAUUUUACCACUGACAUAUAUGUCAAAUUGUGUCAAAUACAUAUGUCAAAUUCCCUCCAACAUUGUUUAAAUGUGCCUUUCUUUACAUUUCUAUUUUAAUAUCUGUAAGAUUUCUGCUUCUACAGUUGCCACUUUUUCUUUUUAAUCAACCAGAUUAAAUAUGAUGUGAGAUUACAAUAAGAAUUAUACUAUUUAAUAAAAAUG